AUGUCUUUUAUUCAAGCUUUUCACAUGACAGGAACUGUUAUCAGCUCAAUCUUAAUUGUUAUUGACAUUUCUGCAAUUUUCAUAAGAUACUUUACCCUAAAUGUUAAAAUAUUUUGGUUGUUUGGACUUGAGAUUAAUGGAGAGAAUAUUGAUUUUUGUGGGCAAAAAACUUAGUAUCUCAAAAACUCAUCUAUAGAACAAAGUGAUGGAGGAGACACUCAAGGGGAUCUAUAUUCAGAGAGAUAAGAGCAUAAAAUCAAAAACUAUUUCAGCCUGAAAUGCAUGAGGGCAUUUUUUCUGACUAUGAUUUUGCUUUCAUUUAACAUUUUUGUCCUAUUUGUUGGAACUCUAAAAGUAAUUCAAGUUUCUUAGAGUGACUCUACUAUAAAGCAUUUCCCUAAAAAAUGCUCACAAACAUAUGAGAAUUGUAUCAGACUAGCAUAGUAUAAUUGCAAUGGAAUAUCGUUAUCAGAUCUAUAAAGUGAAGCAAAUAUGAGUAUGAUAUUUGAAUAUUUAGGAACAAUACCUAAGAAAAAUGAAGCAAAACCUCCUAAAAAUAUUGAAACUUAAUUGGCUGAUUAAUCACCUCUCUACGAUUUCAGUGUGGCAAGAGCAAUAAAUAAAUAAAUUGUGAAAUGCUUAGAAAGAAUUCAAUAAACUAAGUUUAUCUACUCAUCUUUCGAUCUUGAUAAAUAAUCAGAUAAUAUUCUGCAGUUAGAAUAUCAUCUAACACUUUCAUCAUAUUGGCUUGGAUUUAUUUCAGACUAUUUGAUUAAGAUUAAGCCGUUAAGCUAAUCAAACAUUAACUUAAGUAUUAUUGAAGUUUAGAGCCAAUAAAGAUUUGAUAUGGAUUUGAAGGAAUAGUAAAUAAAAAUGACAGAAGUCGUUUAUAAAUGCUUUGCCAAAUAAGAUGUUUUCCAAAAUUGCUAAGAUAAUAAUAUUAUAUAAAACAAUCCAGUUUGUUAAAACUCUUCUAAGCCAAUUGAUAAAACUUCGGUUAAAGAAUCAUAGGAAUAAUUGGUAUAGUAUCUAUAAGAAUGA